AUGUCCGGUUUAUAUACGCUAACAGAACGCGAAGAUGGGAGUUUGACCCGGGGUCCAUUCCAUUAGCUAGACCUCACCCGCACUACGGUAUACCUCCAUCCACCCAACAGCAUCAUCGCUUCUUCAGAAAGAACCAAAACCUGAGAAGAGGCGGCGACUCCCUCCAAUCACCUAAUUUUAUUCCGACGGACAGCGACCAACGAUGGCUGAUCGGCAGGCUGACGUCGACUAUCUGUUUGCUGCUCUCAAGAGCGCUAUUCGCCAGCCACCUCCUGCUGCUAGCUGCAUUGACGUUGACGACACUGAGGAGGACGAGGAGGAGGAAGAUGAUUAUGACGAAGACGAUGAGUACAGGAGGAUCGAUGAUGACUAUGGACAGGCGGAAUUGGCAUGCCCGUUUUGUUCGGAUGACUAUGAUGUUCUGGGAUUGUGCUGUCAUAUUGAUAGUGAGCAUCGUGUGGAGAUUAAAUCCGGGAUAUGUCCAUUCUGUGCUUCAAAUGAGGGGAUGAGCAUGGCUGCACAUGUGAUUUCACAACAUGAAAAUAUCUUGAGGGCUCUUGCUAAAAAGAAGCUUCAGAACAACAGAGUGCAUUCAGGUAUAUCGUCGCUGAGGAAAGAGUUGCAGAAUUUAAAUUUGCAUCAUCAUCUCAAGGAGUUCAGUCGAUCUGAUUCAUCCUCAAAUGCUGGUGCUGGUGGUGAUAGUAUGAUGCUAUCAUUUGUCAACAACCAACAAUCAUCUGGCAGGGUUGAAACCACACCAGUUAAAAAGACAGAUCAAACAAGCUUACUUGAAACAAGUGAGGAAAAAAUUAUUUGUGAGAGUUUGAUUCAUUGCAGAGGUGGCCAAGUUGCUAGUAGAAUGGACAAGAAGCAAGAGGAGAAGCUCCAAAGAUGUGAAUUUGUGCAUGAGAUAUUGUUAUCUACCAUGCUGGAUGACUUUUUAUGAGAGAAUAAGGACACUCUUAUGCCCGGAAGCAAUCAAUCCUUUGCAUAUGCUAAGCUUGGAGGAUUCUUGAUUAAAUGAAGCAGUGUGCUAAUACAUUAGCAACAAACCAAUAUGGUGCAAAUAUAUUGUAAUCUGAUCGACUAAAAGUUGAUCAGCUUGAGAAGUAUAGCAAUCCCCCAAGCCCUUUGAAGCAGCCCCUGCUCUGUUAUUCUUUCUUUGUUUGGCUCUAGCAUAAGUGUCUGAUUAGAAUCACAAUGAUAUUGUAAUUGGUGACUACGGGUACGAGAUGCACUCCGUAUAUUGUAAGUCACUAUUAAGAGUUCAAACCAAAAAUACAUUAUCUUUCUUAGUUUUUAAUUAAAUAAGUAUUAGUUGUUGCUGCAAAUUCAGGUGCAAUCUCUACAGCUUCUUUAAACAUCAUAUAUCUAGAUUUUUUUAUUUGUUACUAAAGUUCGAUUUCUAAGUUUGAA